AUGGCAUUGGCCGUGACCGUGGCGGUGGUUUUCAUGGGCGGAAUGCAGAAGGUAGUGGCCUUGGGCUGGAAAGAGGCUGCGCGCCCGCUGCUCAUGGAUUAUGUGGAUCGCCUGACCGCCGAAAUUGGUAGUCCACCCAGCAUCGAGCGUGCCCAAGCCAUUGCGGACCGGCUUCCGGUCACGCUGCGCAUCGAUGGACCAUUGGUGCAGUGGGAUUCGCACCCAGACCGUCCUCGCCCUGACUGGAUGAGCGACAAGGUGCAGCGCCAGGACCAUUGGGCGCGCGAUGACACGGGCUACCGUCUGCUGCAACGCACAACUUCCGAUGGACACCACAUCGAAUUUGGUCUCAAUGCACUGUCUUGGGACAAGCGUCCGCGCAUCGCUUGGGGCACGCUCACCGUGCUGCUGCUGCUCACGGCGCUGGCGUUCGUGUAUGUGCGCCACCUGCUGCGUCCACUGGACGAUAUCCGGCUUGGCGCGCAGCGUUUUGGCCAUGGUGAUUUCGGCGAACCGAUUCCGGUGCGCCACGCUCACCGCCCGGACGAGCUGGGCCAGCUGGCAGGCACCAUCAACACCAUGGGCGAGGACAUCCACCAGAUGCUGGAGGCCAAGCGCGCUCUGCUGCUGGCCAUGAGCCAUGAGCUGCGCAGUCCGCUCACGCGCGCCCGCCUCAAUACCGAACUGCUGCCAGAGACCCAGGACGUGAUACCACAGCGUGAUGCGCUGAUGCGCGAUCUGGGCGAGAUGGCGCAUCUUAUUUCCGACCUGUUGGAGAGCGAGCGCUUGGCGGGCCGGCACGCGGCCCUGCACCGAGAGCCCACCCACUUGGCUGAACUGGCUCGCGAAGUGAUCACUGAAUUGAAGGCUCGGCAUGACUGCGCCGACGACAUCGUUGUCAUUGCCGAUCCCGCCCUGCCGGUGCUGGCGCUGGACCGGGGACGCCUGCGCCUG